AUGGCCUCCUCAAAACACCUCCACCCCCUCACAACAUCCCACCACAACCGCUCCCUCUCCAACAUCUCCGCAACCUCAGAUGCGUGCACCUUCCACUCUGCACAAGACCAUCCUCAAUCUUCACACAUGGAAAUGCGUCCUCUCUCCUCCUCUCAAACCGCUUCCUCUCAAACCCCUUCCUCACCAACCAAAAGCACACCAGUCUCCUCACAAAAGUUAGAUGCAAUAAAAAUGUCCCGCCAAGACUCGGGGUACCAAGAAUCAAGCCCCCGAACAUCUACAUCCUCCCGACAUUCAUCACACGCCUCUUCCCGCCCCUCAAAACCAAAACGCCGCUCAACCACAGAAUCCAAAUCCUCUUCGAGUCGACCGAACGCAAAAAGAGCGUCGAGGUCAAGUAUGAAUGCUGCCCAGAUUCGAACGAGCACCUCCGGAUCCCGUCCCAGCUUAUCAAGUCGACACACCUCCCCCUUCCCCCACACCGACAUCCAGAACAUCCACCAGCCCUACAAAUUCUUCCAAUUCCCCGCCCCCGUCCUCGCCGCCGACCCGACUCCACCCCCCGACCCCCCUCAAUCCCCACAUCCGCCCCCACCGCCGGCAACAACACAAUACUGGACGUCCGACCAAACCCGUCGCUUGGAGUAUGCAGCUAUCGACGCCGCUGGGAAGGGAGUCAGGGGCUUCUUUAUCAGGUUGGUGCCGGAUUGUAUAUUACCGCCGACGAGUCGGAGGACGCGGUUUUGUGAGCAAGGGGGUGAGGAUGGGGCGAGUGACGCGGGCAGUGUGAGGCGGUAUCGGCUGUGUUUACCGGAGGAGAAGGAGGGCGGCGAGGUUGGGGUGAAGGAGAGGAGGCAGGGGUUGUGGAGGAGAGUUACCGGACGAGGGAGGUGA